AUGGCUUGUCGUUUGUCUCUUUACACUUGUUGGUUUCCACGAACUUUUAUAUGUCAAAGAUUUUUUCUUCGUUCAUCUUUUUCCACAACACCAACACCAGAUAAUGUAUCACAACCACAUCGAUCAGUAUCUCGUUUUUCGGUUAAAAUUGCUAGAUUUAUUUUUUCCAAAAAUCGUCUUAAACAAUCUGCAUCUUUAUCUACACAUGCACAUUAUACAAAAACAGAAAGUCCGAGUGAUAUUCAUGAAUUAGCACGAGAUUUUAUUCUUUCACUCGAACCAGAACAUAGACGAAUUCUUUCUAAUGAAUUAAUUCAAGUAGAAAAAUCAUCAACGGCAGCAACAAUCGGCCCAAUGCCAAUUCUUUAUUCACAAUUAGCUGUUGUUUUUCUUGAAACUGGACUUCCAUAUAUUGGUUUUGGUUUUGUUGAUAAUUUUGUUAUGCUUGUUGCUGGUGAAACAAUUGAAGCAUUUUUUGGUGUUGCUUUUUGUCUUUCUACAAUGGCAGCUGCUGCUUUGGGAAAUGCUGUCAGUGAUGUUAUGGGUAUUGGUCUUGCCGAUCGUAUUGAACGAACAUGUGGGCAUUUUUUAGGUGCAUUUGGAACUAAACCACCUAAAUUAACUACAGAUCAAUGGGGACAACGAUCCGUACAGAGAACUCAACUGUUGUCGAAAGUCAUUUGUAUUUUUGUUGGUUGUUUGUUAGAUAUGAAUAUUUUUCGUACAUUUUAUUUAACGACACGUUUAAGUCGUUCAUUUGUACUUCCUUAUGUUCGUCAAUCACAUAUGGAAGCACCUCCACAACAAUUACCAAUAUGGGCUCAACCGAAAAAUGAAUCGAUUGAAGUUAAACGUCGUCGUCUUCUUUAUCAAAGUCGAAAACGUGGUAUGCUAGAAAAUGAUCUUUUACUUAGUAAUUUUGCUUCAAUUUAUUUAUCAAAAAUGAAUGCUAAUGAUCUUGAUUUAUAUGAUAAAUUAAUAAAUACACCAUCAAAUGAUUGGGAUUUAUAUUAUAUGGCUACAGGAAAAAUCGAUACACCCGAAGAAUAUCAAAAUCAUAUUAUGGAUUUAUUAAAAACAUUUGUUAAAAAUGAACAAAAACAAUCACGUAAUCGGCAACCAGAUGUAGUACCUGUCUAA